AAUGGGUACGACAAUGGCAUAUAGCCCGGUUGAGAAAUGACAAUUGACAGGGCGGGAUUCGGGAAGAAGGGGCUGAGGACUUGCAGCUGAGAAAGCACGCCAUCGUUCUUUGUUUCACAUUCGAGAGAGACAAUUCCCACAAAUCAGAUGCAUCUCGUCUCGUCAAAGCAUCAAACCGCACACUAGGAGUAGCGUAGCAAUUCCAUCAACAAUUCCCAAUUCCCAAUUCUUCUUGUUCCGAGUCGAAUAAAAAAGAAAGAAAUUUCGAGGUUUUGGGUUUCGAUUUAGGUAAUUGGGAAUUCUUGUAUGUAGAAUGAGUGUCGCUCCGGCUCCGGCUCCGGCUCCGGCUCCGGCUCCCUCUUCCACUCGCAAUCCCACCAAUUUGGCAUUUUUGCCUUGCGCCUACUACUCCUUCCACUCCGUGCUACUCCUCUGAAUUCAUAGCUCCAAAUUAUCACCCUCCCCCUCCAAAAAAAAAAAAAAAAAAAAAAAAUUUACCAAGCCAAUGUACUCGAGCAAUUUGAAGGGCUUCAUCUUGGCCGUCGUCUCGAGCGCCUUCAUUGGCUCCAGCUUCAUCAUCAAGAAGAAGGGUCUCAUCCGGGCCAGCGUCAACGGCCCUGCUGCCAGUGUGGGAGGAUAUGGGUAUCUGAAGGAGUCUCUAUGGUGGAUAGGAAUGGUAACAAUGGUUAUUGGAGAGAUGGCCAAUUUGGUAGCAUACGUUUACGCACCUGCUGUCCUUGUAACACCACUAGGUGCAUUGAGUAUUAUUGUUAGUGCUGUUUUAGCGCAUUUUUUGUUAAAGGAGAAACUCCAGAAAAUGGGAAUGUUGGGGUGUCUUUUAUGUAUAGUGGGUUCAACUGAGAUUGUACUCCAUUCACCUGAAGAGCAAUCUCUCAGUUCGGUCCAAGAAAUCUGGGAAUUAGCAAUACAACCUGCAUUUCUUUUGUAUACAGCCUCGGUGGUAGCUGUGACAUUAGUACUGAUGUUGUACUGUGCUCCCCGCCAUGGCCAAACCAAUAUACUGAUUUAUAUAGGAAUCUGCUCUAUAAUAGGAUCAUUAACAGUUAUGAGUGUAAAAGCAAUUGGGAUUGCAAUAAAACUCACAUUUGAGGGUACAAACCAGCUAAAAUACUUCCAAACAUGGAUUUUUGGAAUGGUUGCAGUUACCUGUAUCAUCACUCAAUUAAAUUAUCUAAACAUGGCGUUGGAUACUUUCAACACAGCAAUUGUUUCUCCGAUCUAUUAUGCUAUGUUCACAUCUUUUACAAUGCUUGCCAGUGCAAUAAUGUUUAAGGAUUAUUCGGGUCAAAGUGUGAGCAGCAUAGCAUCAGAACUUUGUGGUUUCAUCACUGUGUUAUCUGGGACUGUUAUAUUGCAUAGUACAAGAGAGCCAGAUCCACCUUUAAUUACAGAUUUGUACACACCAUUAUCUCCGAAAGUAUCAUGGUACAUACAAAGCAACGGGGAAUGGAAGCAGAAGGAUGAGGAUGGCUCAACCCCUAAUUUCCUCACAGUUCUUCGGCAAGACUACUUCAAGUAAUGGAAUAAGCUUCCGACAUUGAGUUCUUGGUUGCAUCUCAUGACUUGAGUGUGAAAUGGUCACCUCAAUUCAUCACUUUUUUUUCCAGCUUGAAAACCGUAGGUAUGCUGGGAUUGUAAAAAUGCUCUGGCAUGACUCUAAAGUAAAAUCAAGUAGAUAUGUUUUGCCAAUAUUUUUUCGGCUUUCUAUUCAAAUUUUGAGCAGUGUGUUGUGCAGUUGUCAAUAGCCAUAGUUUUAGGAGCGACUUCUUCAUUCAUUCGUUCUCUCACUGCACGAGAUUUUAGUUUCAGUCCUUGUAGAGAGCCAGACAGAUCCAUCUCCAGUUUAUAGCUUGUAAUUUGAUUUUAUUGGCCGAUGUAGCGGCUUGAUGGUUGAAGUAGCAGCUUGAUAUUCCUUCUAAAUGAUCAUUUUACAACCAUGAGACCAAUGCAAAAGCUGCAUUAAAUGUUUGUAUCAGCUUUAACCUUGUGUUUAAUACUAGUUGAGGAUAUUAUUCUGUA